AGGGAAAGUCUCAAAUUGUUCAGGAAGAGUUAGUGAAGUUUGGUGAACAAAUGGUUAGUAGUUCAGAAGGUACAAGAGCUCUAGCCUUGCAGUUAUGCCGUGAAUUUGAGGACAAAUUUUUGCAACAUCUUACUGGAGGCGAGGGUAAUGGUUGGAAAGUUGUUGCCAGUUUUGAAGGGAAUUUUCCUAACAGAAUCAAGCAACUUCCUAUUGACAGACACUUUGACAUAAACAAUGUUAAGAGGAUUGUCCUAGAAGCAGACGGAUAUCAACCUUAUCUUAUCUCUCCAGAGAAAGGUUUAAGAUCCUUGAUUAAAGGUGUUCUUGAACUGGCAAAGGAGCCAUCACGAAUGUGUGUUGAUGAGGUACAUCGCGUGCUUGUGGAUCUUGUUUCUGCUUCUGCAAAUGCAACGCCUGGUCUUGGAAGGUAUCCUCCAUUCAAGAGAGAGAUUGUGGCAAUUGCAAGUUCAGCCCUGGAGGAAUUUAAAAAUGAAUCCAAAAAAAUGGUGGUUGCACUAGUUGAUAUGGAACGUGCAUUUGUUCCACCCCAACACUUUAUUCGUUUAGUGCAGAGGCGGUAUGGUCAAUAUAUUACACUUGUUGCUUUUUUUUUUUUUUAUCAUUAUGAAUUCAUAAUCUUAAUGUCCUUAAUGGGAGUAUUAAUUUGUUUUUCAUACACGAGACUCUUAGGAUGAAUUUGAAACUCAUUA